AUAACUCCCAACAUGGGCCGACAACAGCACAUGGCUCUGUAUCUGCAUUUGAAUGCACCGUAAAGCUAAUGCGUAAACACUCCUUAUCACAACAUUAUGCACAACUGUUUGGUUGGUAAAUCUUAACUACUCUGCUGCUGACAGUCGUUAAGUCUUCGAGAUAUGUCGAGGUGCAUGUUAGUUAUAGAGGACUUUACAGGCUCGCCAACUGUUUAUGCGCUCUGGUGCAGGCCUGAGGAGAGGCUUACUGGAGGUUUCUGUGGGGAGAAGAAGGGAGCCAGACAGGCGACAGUCAGCGCUGUCUUGGCCUCAGGGCAGAGGCAGGGAGCGAGCGGGCGAGCCAAUGAGAAGGAGACUUCCACUCCCCUCUGUCCUGCCCGGCUCGGCUCAGCUCGGCGCGCCCUGUAAUUAGGAGCUCUAGUUGGGUUGGGCGCCGCCACGGUGGACAGCCCGGCUGCUGCGUCAAGGGACUUUGGGAACGCCAGACUGUGAGGAUAUCUCAACACUGCUGGUUUUGAGUUCACAGCGAGCACUGACAUGAACGGACAGUCCUCACCUGUCUUCGAGGAGAAGAAACCAUCCCUCCCCAUGGCUGGGAGCUCCAUCUCGGCCACCAAGGAUUCCCCGACCCUGCCUGAGUCCUCGUCCACAGAUAUGGGCUUCUACAGCGGCCAGAGUGCGCUCCACGGCUCGCAUGAUUUCUACGCGGCGCAGCAGCAGCAGCCAUACUCAGCUCAACACAUGAACCCCUACGCGUACCACCACUAUAACUUACACGGGAUGGGUGCUGGAGGUGCCUACCCUGUUGGCAAGGCAGAAUACCCGUACCCACAUUCAGCGUACAGAGAGCACGGUGCGUUCAGCAGGGAGGUGCAGGCAACGCUGCUGGACGUGAAAGAGGAACCAGACGUGGAGGUUCGGAUGGUCAACGGGAAGCCCAAGAAGGUGCGCAAGCCCCGGACCAUCUACUCCAGCUACCAGCUGGCAGUCCUGCAGAGGAGAUUCCAGUCGGCACAGUACCUGGCCCUGCCGGAGCGUGCCGAGCUGGCCGCACAGAUGGGCCUUACACAGACACAGGUCAAAAUUUGGUUCCAGAACCGUCGCUCCAAGUUUAAGAAGCUCUACAAGAAUGGAGAGUUUCCACUUGGCGAAGUUUCUCUUGAACACAGUCCAGACGCCAGCGACUCCAUGGCGUGCAACUCUCCUCCUUCCCCAGCUGUGUGGGAAAACAACAACAACAACAGCAGUAACAACAACAACAACAGCAGUAACAACAACAACACCAACAACAACAGCAGCAGCAGCAGCAGCAAUACGAACAGCGGCAGCAGCAAUACGACCAGCGGCAGCAGCAAUACGAACAGCGGCAGCAGCAAUGCGAACAGCGGCAGCAGCACCAAGAGUAAUGUAAUGAUGGAUCCCACCAGCAGAGUGCAGGAUGCCUAUCAGCCUCCGGUGGAUUCCUCGGCCGCCUGCAUGGCAGAGUACACACACCAGAACUGGUACCAGCAGCAGGGUGCACAUUUAGGAUUGCCACAGGUGGGCCCGAUGCACCACACACCAUCAACAGCGCCGUCAGCCACACAGAGUCUGGGAGCCGUCUACUGACGCUCAAACAUGGACUCCCCACAACAGUUUGACUGGAGCAGUGCCUAAACACCGGGGGGAUUUUUGGAUGAUUUGGAGCGCUGUUGGGACCAGAAACAGCUGACUGUGAUCAUCGGACACGAGUCAUGAUGACUGUAAAUCGUGAGACGUGUUGUAAAACAUGCUUUUGUACAGUAAAUGUGGAUUGAAAACAAGUGCCGACCUCAGUCACCCUGUUCUGCUCAGCUCCGAAGUUUAUGAACUCAUAACAUACAGGUUAGAAUGGAGAUGAGGGUGAUUGAUGUGGCUCUUUCACUGCUGUGACUGAUACUGAUUUCUUAUUUGAAAUCACUGAUAACAAAUAAUAUUUUGUAUAUUUAAUAUUUUGAAUAUGACCAUAUUUAUGCCAGAAAAAACCCUUAAUUUCUUUCUUCUGGAAAGAGACUCUUACACAGCAUUUCCCCUCCAAACUUGAAUACUACUGACAUAUUAGCCCACCACACCAGCACGGCUAUUUUUUAAAGAUAUGUUGGACUUUGACAGAAAACAGGACUGUUUGAUGUAGCUGUUGUCAGACACCAUGUUAAAGCUGAACAUCAUUGAAGGACUGGUGACUGUUUAAAUGAAAUCAUCGCCCAAACACAGAAGACAAACUGUAGAGACACUGAAAUUAUACACAUUUGCUACUGGGAAUAUAAUGUGAGAAUAAGAUCAUGGACGGAGUUACAUAAGUCAUAUAGGACAUUAUUAUUAAAGGACAAUAUAUCUGGUUCUGCUGCAUCGAUUUGGAUGCAGCAGCAUGGUGAAGCACUCUUUCAAGGGCCUUUAAAGAACGGUAUGUAGGAUUUGGCAUCUAGCGUUGCGAUGCUAGAGACAUUGCUAACAAACCGCUUAGUGCAAAACCGUGGUAACGCUGUGGUAUCUUUUAGGACCUUCGCCACGCUCAGAGGCCAUCUCCAGUCAAAAAAUUGUCCGGUACAAGCAGCAGUUCAGAGUUGAGCCUGGUGGUAUGUCGUGUAAAGGUAGCCAAAAUAUCUUUCAGAUAAUUAAGAUCAUACGUCUACGUGAGGCUCAUUUCUAAAAAUCAUGCAUUUGAAUAUUUCAAAGGAAUAAGAAUUGUGUGGCCUGUGCAGCUUAUUCUCUUAAAAGGGAAUAUGUUAGUCAUUUUAUUUUUGUUAAAUGUCUCAAAAAAAACAAAAAAAGAGACACCCCUAGCAUGAGUCAAGCGCUGGAAAUGCUGCAUCCAACAACUCCCAUAAUGCAACAUAAUGUAGUGUCUUUCAUUAGACCCUUCUCACUUAAUAAGCCCACAUCAUUCAAAGUCCAUGUUGUUUUUAAUGCAGACUUUCUGUUUUAAAUUUGAACUAUCCAACUCUAAACCAAGUUAAUGAUGACAUCACUAUGACAUCAUCAGGGUCAUUUGAAAAAAGCGCCUCCAGAGCCACAGAAGACAUUAUAACGGGCGGUAGUACUCUUUUUGUACGAUAAGUAAACUGAUUCUCAUGGGGAAAAUAGUUGGAAUGGCCCUUUAACUCCUGCUCACAAACACUAGGCCCUGACCUCUUAAAAAACUAUCAAGAGAAAAUGAGUCGGUGCUAAAACAUUUGAAAAAUAUGUUGUAUUCUAAUAUUAUUAUUCAUGUGCUGUACUCAGGUUUUUUUAUUUAUAGUGUCAACUGUAGAAUAACAGUGGCACACCAGUUUGUGCCUUAGGAGCUUUUUUUUCUUUUUUGCAGAAAAUGAAUAAAAAAUAAAAUGUC